AUGUUUUAUUUAAUUGUAAUAUUGUGUGUUACAAUUUCCUAAGCGUAAUACGGAUUUGAAUAUUAUGCUGAGUGGUAAACAGGAGUUGACAACAGCAUAUCCAAAUAGGAACAAUUUUUAUUUCCAACUUAUCCGAUGAGAUUUUAGAGUUAAGUUGUUUUUCCAAGGAGAUUUAGUGUUCGCCCAUAAGUGCUAUUGAUGCAUUAAGAGAUUUAAUGGAGUAGAGGAAGAAACAUAAAUUAUCAAACAUACGUUUCAGACGUAACUUUAUUUGGGUUUAAUAUAAAUUAUAUCAUAUGGGGUCCAGCAGUCAUACCUAUUCUUAGUGUGAGAUGGGUUGCUCUGGUCGAUGAUCAAGUUGAAAUUCAAUAUGUUCAUUAUCAAGAAGAGGAUUUACAUCAAUUAAGCCAAGGUUUCGGAGCAAGGUAGCAGGAUUUCAUGAUAUCCUAUUACCCUCGCUAUCCAGCACCAAAGGUCACAGCAUUCAUUGUAGGUGCAGACUUUGAAAUAUUCAAUUCCCUGUUUACGAGUGUCAGAAUUCAAAUGGGUAUUCCCACUUCAAAUAGCAUGGAUGUCAGAUUCCUCACAAGAGAUUUUUGUCAUGUGAGAUCACUUUAUGUUGCCUAUUUCAUUUCAAACAAUUACUUGACUUUAGCAGGAUCAGUUGGGACUUAUUAUUCUACUUACAAUCAAUUUCUUGACAAUUCGAACAAACAGACUAUCAGAGCAUAAAAGUUUUCUAGAAUGGUGCCUUCAAUAUAUUCCUUGGAUCCAGCCUACAAUAUCUUAGCAUAAGGUAUAAGUGGAUUUGAUGUGCACAGUUAUGCUGGAUCAGCUUAUAUGAGAGUGACAGCAGAGUCAAUGAUAAAUUAAUCUUAAAUUUACACACUUGUCUAUGGAACUAGGGGUGACACUGUAUUAACUUACAUGCAGGCUAGUUAUAUCUUACAUCCUCCAGGAUUGCCAUUCCAUUAUUAUUAUAAAAAUUAUGAUUGGGUUGUAACAAAGGAUGAUAAAAUCGUUCUUGAAGAGACUAUUUAAUAGGAGAAAAAGAUAAAUGAAUUAAAUAAAAUAUGA